ACUGUUAAAAAUGUGUUGCCACAUAGCUUUCAAGUAAAUUGGCGUAUAUUGUCUGGAUAUUAGCAGAAGUGUCAACACACAUUCCAAGAUGAUAUACGUGGCAACGAUUUGAAAGAUAAUUUCUAUACUUCACGACACGACAAUCGUACGUUAACAGCUGUGACAUUUUGUGUGGAUUUAGUAAGAGGAAAAGAUGCUUAGACGAAACUGCAUAGAAGAACGACUUAAAACAGAUAGCUGCCUCUGGUGUUAAAUUGGCACCGAAAAAACCCCAACAUCAUUCUUUCAACUGCUGUUUUUAAUUUUAACGAGCGUUGAUGCACAGCCAACAAUUGAAGUUUCUGCCAUUUGUGUUUCUGUUACUCUCCCUCAGAAGUCAUCAGUUUCUGGUCUUUGAUGAGUUAUACUCUGAGCGUCAACGAUUCUAUUGCAGUUGCAUGGACUUGUUUUUAACGUUCUAAUUAGUUGGUUUUGUAACUGUUCUCAGUUUAACCAUCAUCUCGAUCUGUUAGAAAUAAAAACAACUAUAGGCAAAGAACAGUCUCUUGAGAAAAUUACGAUGAACUGUUAGCUGUUUCACGGAUGUUGAGGUUCACUAUAUUCGACGAUUUUAGUGAAGAGUAAGACUUAAGAUAGCAAUUGAAGACAGGCGGCUGAUUAAUAAAGGCAAACUUAUUCAGCAUCGAAAAAUAUGUGAUAUAAGAUAACAAUAAUAAGGUUCUUUAUUAACGGAGGUUAAAUUUUACUGUAUUGGAUGAGUUAGAAUAGUAAAAUAGAUUUUUAAAGCAAGCGGUUACUUAAUGCAAGUAAUUUUUUUCCUGCAUUGAAAAUAAUAUGAUUUGAGAUAAUAACAAAGAUCUUAAUUAAGAUAAUAGUUGCUCAAUACAGGUGCUUGUAUUUAGCCCAUCUCCAAAUUACUUUAAGACAUCAUCAUUUUGAUCAUCAUUAUUUGUAAAACAAGGUUUUAAUAUGACAACCACAAUAGAUUCGGCUGAAGUGGACUCGAACGUGGGGGAACAGCUGAUCGAAGUCCUGCGAUCCGAGUGCUUGUCCCGAGGGUGCGGCGGAAUCCGGGGCCUCGGGCUGAUGUUCCGCCACCUCGACAUUGACUUCUCCAAGCGGAUCGUGUUGCGUGAGCUCGAGGAUGGACUCAAGUUGUACGGAUUCCGAAUGUCCGAAAAUUACCUGAAGGCGUUGUUUCGAGCCCUGGACAAGGACAACAGCGGGGGGAUAGAUUUCUGCGAGUUCAUGCAGGAACUCAGGCCGCCCAUGACGUCAUGCCGCAUCAACGUCAUAAACGAAGCGUUUGAUUCGCUCGACGUGAAUAAAGAUGGAAUCAUAAACAUGGAUGAUAUAAAAGUUGUCUACGCAGCGAAUGCACGGAGACACCCGAAGUACCUAUCCGGAGAAUGGACGGAAGAAGACACAUUACGUCACUUCCUGGACAGCAUCGACACCCCCGGAUGUCCCGAUGGAAAAGUGACUCGUGAGGAGUUUCUCAAUUACUACGCUGGUGUGAGCGCCACUGUUGACGACGACUGUUACUUUGACCUAGUUAUGAGGUCAUGCUACAACCUGCCACCCAGGAAAACAACAAACAGUUAAUUUUUGACUUGUUAUCGGUUAGAAUCGGUCUGAGCAGUCGAUUUAUCGAUACAGGGGCCGAUAUAAAGCGCAUCACGGCCCCCAAAAUUCAGAUCAUCCUGCAACAGCAAUUAAGUACAAAUAAUAACAAAGUACUUGUAUAUACCUGAUAAUGAUAAAAACAAAAUUCCAUUACAGGUCAAUUUUUCAACAGCUUUUUGCGACGGCUUUGCCGAUUGCCGUCGUGGAUUUGGAGGGCUGCAGCUAAAUAUUACAUGUAAACUAUCUGAUGAAAUUCAUAUUCUUACAAUCAAACAUUUGGCAUUUGGGAUACAGUUUGCCAUGCCAUACCAGCCUAUAUCGAAGUAAAGUCUAGGUGCCCGUUCCACGGACCGUUCUUUGCACUAAGAUUGUCUUAAGUGCAUAAUUACCUUAUGCACUUACGGUGAUCUUAGCAGUAAGAUCACUUCGUGUGACGGGGCCCAGGUACAUUCAUCCCGGGCAUAGCCUCUGACAGGAAACAUUUGGGCUUGUUUUUUUGUGUGUUUUUUUCUUUCUUUAAUGCAAGUUUGAAGUGAAUGGAAUUUGGACUAAACAUUUAUUAGCAAGAAGCCAAAAAAAAAGAAAGAAAGAAAAGAAGCUCAUGUCUGUUAAAGAAAGAAAAAAAGAUUUACAGCCAAAGAUAU